AUGAACUAUCGUCGCACUACAACACGUUUCGACGAUGUUCUCAUUAUUGUGUCAUUGACAGGCAUCUAUUUGUAUUCGAUCUUCAGUGCUUUCGCUAUCAUGAGCAACUUGACUUCAUCAACAUGGAUCGUCUAUGUUAAAUUAGCAGUGAUUAUUUUAGAGUUUGUCGAAGGUACCAUUCACGCAUUGUUCGUUCUCAUUGUAUUGCGCAAAUGUCUGAGACCAACGAGCAAACAUAAAUAUCCGGCACGUGGAAUGAUCACUCUACUGAUUAUACUUGAUCUGAGUCUCUGGUUUCAAAAAACGACAACAACGACUAAACAUGAAGCUAAUACAACUCAACUGGACUUCUACCACGUUAUUCCAUGGUCGAUCAUUGCUGCAAUCGCUACACCUCUUCAAAUAUUUUUUCGUUUUCAUGCAUCCGUCUGUCUUUCAAGUGUAUGGGGAGAUAUGUACCAGUUACCGGUCUAUGAACCAGUGUCUCCUAAUGACUUAUGA